AUGAAAUUGGGUGGGCAGAGCAACGGAGGAAUUAUUUGUUUGUUUGUUUGUUGGUUUGUUUCGGGCUUGCGAGCUUGUGAACAGUUUUGUUUUGUUGAUUGUUUUUGUGAGUUCGGUGGGUUGUGGCGCGUCGGGAAGAUGAGGGUGGUGAAGUUGGCGACAUGUAGUCUGAAUCAAUGGGCGAUGGAUUUCGAGGGCAACUUGGCCCGGACCAAGCAAUCCAUCCGGGAAGCUCGCAAUGCGGGCGCAACGUUCCGGGUAGGGCCCGAGCUGGAGCUGUGCGGCUAUGGCUGUGAGGAUCAUUUCCUGGAGGGCGACACGCUGAAACAUUCAUGGGAAUGUAUGGCCGAGAUAUUGGCUUCGGACCUCACCAAUGGAAUUGUGUGCGACAUCGGUUUACCAGUUGAAGAAUGUGGAGUGCGCUAUAACUGCAGAGCCUACUGCCUUGAUGGCCAAAUCCUACUUGUAAGACCAAAGCUUUACCUAGCCAAUGAUGGAAACUACCGUGAACUUCGUUGGUUUUCUUCCUGGAAACGGCUCCGUGAGUUGGAGACUUAUCAACUUCCGGAGUGCAUCAGGGAAGUCACUGGGCAGGAAACUGUUCCUUUUGGUGAUGGCUACCUUUCAUUUGAGGAUACAGGUGUGGCCUCAGAAACAUGUGAAGAACUAUUCACACCUUCGGCACCUCACAUUGGCUUGUCCUUGGGUGGAGUUGAAAUUAUUGCUAAUGGAAGCGGCAGUCAUCACCAGCUGCGCAAGCUGAACACAAGGAUAGAGUUGAUGCAGAGUGCAACUAGUAAAUGUGGUGGUGUCUACAUGUAUGCUAAUCAACAAGGAUGCGACGGGGGUCGUCUAUACUAUGAUGGAUGCGCGUGCAUAAUGGUUAACGGAGAUGUGGUUGCACAAGGUUCGCAGUUUUCUAUGAAAGAUGUUGAGGUUGUUACGGCAUGUGUGGACUUGGACGCCGUUUCAAGUUUUAGGGGUACAAUAAGCAGUUUAAGGGAACAGGCCAGUCAAGAACCUCGAACUCCGUCGAUUGCAGUGAAGUUCAAACUCUCACGACCCAUGAAUAUGGCGAACCACUUUCCUUCACUUCCCAUCAAGGUGCGCUACCAUGAUCCUUACGAGGAAAUAGCUCUUGGUCCAGCUUGCUGGCUUUGGGAUUACCUACGCCGCAGUGGAGCCACUGGGUAUUUGUUACCCCUUUCAGGGGGCGCUGACAGCUCAUCGGUAGCUGCUAUUGUUGGUUGUAUGUGUCAGCUUGUUGUCAAAGCGGUGAGGGAAGGUGACAAGCAGGUCAUUGCAGAUGCUAUUCGCAUGGGCAAUUAUCGAAACGACGAAGUACCUGAAUCUGCUGAUGAAUUUGCUCAACGCCUCCUUCACACAGUGUACAUGGGAACUGAGAAUAGCUCACAUGCAACUCGAGAUCGAGCGAAACGAUUAGCGGGUGAAAUUGGUGCUUCACAUUUAAAUGUCAACAUUGAUGUGGUAGUGAAAGCCUUGCUCACCCUAUUUGAAUCAGUAUUCCCUGGCAGGAAACUAAGAUACAAGGUGCAUGGUGGAACACAGACAGAGAAUCUUGCGUUGCAGAAUAUUCAAGCGCGCAUUCGUAUGGUGAUUGCAUUUAUGUUAGCCUCUCUUAUGCCAUGGGUGCGGAGCAAGCCCGGAUUUCUGCUUGUACUUGGAAGCGCAAAUGUCGAUGAAGGUCUUCGAGGCUAUCUCACUAAGUAUGAUUGCAGUUCGGCUGAUAUAAACCCAAUUGGAGGUAUUAGCAAAGGAGAUAUUCGAGCAUUUUUACGUUGGGGUGCCUUGAACCUUGGAUACGGAACUUUAGCCGAAGUUGAAGGCGCACCACCGACAGCAGAAUUGGAGCCGAUCACUGUGAAGUAUACACAGACUGAUGAGAUCGAUAUGGGCAUGACCUAUGAGGAGCUGGGCAUGUAUGGGCGACUGAGAAAGAUCUUUCGUUGCGGUCCUGUAUCUAUGUUCGAGAACUUGUGUAUACGGUGGCAUGGACGUCUUACACCCGCAGAAGUGGCACAGAAAGUGAAGGACUUUUUCAAGUACUACUCCAUUAAUCGACACAAGAUGACAACCCUGACACCGUCUUACCAUGCAGAGAACUAUUCUCCCGAGGACAAUAGAUACGACCUGCGACAGUUCCUUUACAACACCCGCUGGCCAUGGCAGUUUCGGCGUAUAGAUCAGCUUGUGGACAAGUAUGAAACCAGUAUGCCGGAACCACUGACGGAAUUUAGGCAGCAUAUGCAGCCUACUGCGGCUGAAGCUGCUGCUCCCAACUCUACCGGCCUGGGUGUCCCUGCAGCGUCCUCUGGCAUCCGUCGUGAUUCUAAGGGUUUGCCUGCGGAGCCGGUCCAGACAAGACGAAUCAAUACUGAAGCUAUUCUAUCAGGCUGUGGAGUCAAUCCUCGAAAAAAUAUGACAAAACUUUCGUUGCAGAGGUUCAAAGCCAUCACAAAUCGUAACAAUCUUGUGAAAAUCAGGGCGCCUUACGCUCAGAUCCAUGGUCCUACAGCAUUUCAUCAUUUGGGGAUUAAAAUGUGGCCCCCAAGGAUAUCAGUAGCAAUCCUUUGAUUUUUUUUCUUUUACAGCCUGCAUUCUUAGGUGAAGCAGAAUACUCUUCUCGUUUUGACACCUUAAAAGUCAAAGGCCAAGUUGAAGAGUUAGUGUCAGUAUUGAUAACUUACAUUUCAUGGCAGAUAUUGAAUUGAACUCACUCGCGAAUCAACUGUGUGUUGUGUCUACGGACAAUGUGUAUGAAGUCUUCGGGAAGGAAACAAACAAUGCCUCCUUUGUUAUUUCUUCCUUCAUUGAUAAUUAUAUAUGAGAUUCGAUCGUACACUAAA